AUGGAGCUGGCGUUCGACCUCUUCUACUCCUCUCAAGCUCGGCCCAUUAUUCCCUCCCCUUCUUCUCCCAGCGACCGGGGGGCACUGGCGGCCCUGCGGGCGAGCGAGUGGAACAUGGAGCUCGCCUUCGACCUCUUCUACUCCUCCUCCACCUCGGGUCAGCAGCUGAGGGCGUUGGGGCGCUCUGCUGCUCCUAAAGUGGACCCUCGGCAGCUGGAGCAUCUGUUUCUCAGAUACAAAGUCGUUCAUGCCGGCAUGAGUUUCGUGUCGGAUGUCAUCCCCCGUAUACACCUUUGUCUUUUGUUCACUCCUUCCAAUCCCUACUGUGGCCACAAGAAUUGGAACGAUUUCGAGGCCCCUCAAUCCACCCCUUCCCCCUCCCCACACACACCCUUUCUUUCCCUCUCUCUUUCCAUGGUUUCUUUCCCUUGUGGGCGGCAGGUGGAUCCUCAAGACAUUGUCAUGGUAAGCGCAGGCUAUGCUGCACAGCGGCAGGCGCUCAUAUAG